AUGCAAAGUUAUAGAAUACAAUGCCGAUGUCACAACACAUCUACAAUAAUAUGCUCAAGAUCACGAAGCUUUCCAUAUCAACCAAAGCCAAUCAUACAUGAAUCUGAAAUUUUACCACUUGAUACUCUUUCACACAAAUCUGAGACAAAAUUUGAGAUACCAUUUGACAAUUCGAGAUAUUAUCCAGUAACUGCCAAACCUAGUAUAGGACUUGCUACACAGCAAGAUUACUCUGAAAUAAAUGCAAGGGAACUACCAGAUCAGUCAGCGUUAUUCCCUCUCUUACCAAAUCAAAUAUUACCAAUGGUAGUACCUCAGUCUCGACUAAUGGAUAUUACUACAAAACCAAACCUUGAUCCGCCAUGCUGCCUUCUCGGAAACUGUCCGAUAGAUGUCAAAUGCAAUUACCCCGCUAUUGUUCCUCGAAAUGAAUCGGGCAAAAUCCCAGACGAUGCCAUUGCCGCUAUUCAUAGUUGCUUGUAUUUUGUUCGUUUUAAUUGCCAUCACAGCUAUCGAUUUACUCCUGAGAGAACUUCUAGAAAAGAAAACUCAUAUUCAGUUCCUUUUUACUUUUUAUCAAUUUUAUUUUACUGUCAACAGCAACUGCAAUUUCAAUUUUCAGAUUGUGCAACGCGAUGUUAUACUGGUAGAAAUCACAAAUAUAUAAGUAAAUUAUGCGACAGUGGCGGCAGUAAUUCCAGGGAAUUUGUAUGCCACAAAUUCAUCUGCGAUGGAGGAAAGUCGCCAUUUACUUUACGAACGUGUGCGAAACAACAAUUAGGCUGUGUGGCAGGUUCGUCAAUAUGCCGUUUGAGUGGGGGCGAGGGUUCCUGUUCUCGUUGUGAUAAAAAUAACUGUAAUGUUUGA